AUGGGUUCCUACGCUCCAGCUUCUACAAGCCAUAUGUCGGCUCCCCAGUUGCACCCAAACGUAAAACCCUCCACCGGUACCCCAGCCGAUAAUCUCAGAUUCCAAACCCAGACGAAUUGGCAGGCGGGAGCUUCUGCUCCAGCACACCCUCCUGGUCUUCAGCCACCGCCGCCCUCGCCCAGCCCGCAUGGACCAUCACCGUCAUCCUCGGGGCGUGCCAUACCCCCUUCAACCAGAGGCUCGGCUAGCACAACAUCCUCCAUUGCCAGCGGGCAGAAUGUUCCCCCACUCACACCUAAUUCCGUCGGAACAACCCCCUCAGGCUCGCUGCGAGGGAUCCCUCCUACGCCCAGAUCUCAACGCCCCAGGACAGGUUCCAUUAACAGCUCGCGAGUCCCGCCACAGUCGACUCGAAGCCACCCUACCAUGGCCCCCACCAUGGACACGUCGGCGCUGAGUCCCGGGGUUUCGAGUUUCUCUUUUGGCCGUCAAACUGGAUCUUCUUUCACGAGCGUGGAAUCGGGAGAGGACGCCACGGGCUCAACGCGUGGGCUUGCGCCCUCGAGUAGGCUCGGCAACAACUCUUCACCAUCUAUUGCGAGUCGGUCGAAUUCAUCCUUGAGCCAGUUCAGCUACACCAACAACAGCGCCGGUAGCCAGGGGGGCCAGCCCAUGGCUACCAAUCACCCGCAACAGCCCGUCGCGGGUGGCAGCCGUUUCCCAGGAGCAUACGGCGACCACGACACUAGUGCUAGUCAUCAAGCCAUGGGCGAAGGAGACGGGAAUUGGGGGGAAGAAGAAGAAGAACACUAUCCCGAAGACGAAGAGGACGACGACGAGGGGUUAUACGGCCAUGUCGAGGAUCCAACAUUCGCCACGCACACGGAGGACGACGAAGAAGAAGAUGAGAACGAUUAUCAGUACUAG